GUCAAUGUUUCUUCCGGUAAGGUACGCAUGCGCAGUUGGAUUACGGAAAUCCGGCCACCACCUCCUUGUUGUUGUUUUUCCACCCAGAUGCUAAUAGUGUCCGGCUUUAAAACUUCAAAAUGCCGAAACGUAAAUGUAAGUUUACGGAUAAACUAGAACGGAAGUUCCCUUGUUUUCGUCCUGGUCGGGAUGAGUGGGAAGCAGAGUGCAUGAAGUGUAAACCCGGCACGUUCGUGACCGUGUCAAAUAAAGGCGCGGGUGAUUUGGAAGCGCACGUGAGUUCCACCAAACACCAAAACGCUGCCAAAAACGGAGCGAGGGUGGAGUGGAUCAAACAAGAAGAUGACUCUUUGGCCAAUAAGCCGGACGAUGACGUCACCGCUGCGGAAGGAGUCUUUGCUUUCCAUACGAGCAAACACCACAACAGCUACAGGUCCUCGGACUGCACUUCCGCCUUGUUAAAGAAGGCGUUCCCGGACUCGGCGACGGCUCGGAACUUCUCGAGCGCUCGCACCAAGACCGAAGCCAUCAUCAACGCCGUGAUCGCCCCUCAUUCUGUCGACGUUGCUUUGGAGUCGCUGGCACAAAUCCCGUACUGCGGGGUGUCUGCCGACUGGGGCGACCACGGAGCCGGGAGGAUAUCCCCGGUGCUGGUUCAGUAUUUCGACUGGAAGAAUGGCGGCAUGCAGAGCAAACUGAUCGAAGUUAGCAACGACCCGAGCAUCCGGGAAACGCUGGAAAGGAGCGACAUACUGGCCAAGUGUGUUGCAUUCACUGGCGAUACUUGCAAUACGAUGUUCAGGCCUCAAGUGGAAGCAUUUAGUAUCCACGCGGACCUGCAAAGCUCCCUGCAGAACCAGGCUGUGAUGGGCGUGGGCUGCCCCGCCCACGUCUUAAACAACUGUGUAUACUAUGGAGCAAACACGCUGGAUGUUGACAUUGAAAGCAUCAUCUUGAAAAUAUACCAGUACUUCCACAUGUACUCUGUACGCACCGAGCCUCUGGGCCAAUAUUGUGAGUUUGCUGUCAGCGAGUACAGGAACCUGCUUUCUCACAGCAAAACACAAUGGCUGUCCUUGUUCCCCGGCAUCGAGAAGCUACUGCACACGUUUCCUGCCCUGAAGGCCUUCUUCCUGCUGCAGGAAAAGCCUCCCUUGCUGAUCAGAGACUUUUUUGGAGAGGAGUUCAGUGAGAUCUACCUGUGGCAGAUGCACUCCCUCAUGUGUGUGUUCCACUCGCCCAUUCUGGAGAUGGAGAGGGAGGACAAUUCGGUGGUGGAGGUGAAGAACAUCCUCGACAAAGUCCACACCACGCUUCUGGAACGAAAGGCCAAGAACUUCAUGCCCCUGAAGGUCAGGGCGAUGUUGGCGCAGAAGCUCAACGACGGCUUCGGUCCGAGGUGCGAUCAUUUCACCGCUCAGGUCCACGGUCUGUACAGCUCGUGUCUGGAGUACCUGGAGACGUGGAUGGCCCCCAUGGAGCAGUUCUCGUCUUUCAUGUGGAUGGACCUGAGCCAGACGCCGGACUGGAACCGCGUGGAAGCGUGUGUCAAUCACCUGGCGGGAAAGGGCGUGCUGAUCGAUGACGUCAGGUGCUUUGAUGAGGCCCAUCAGAAAUGGAGCAGGUUUUUCCAAAGGUCCGGCGACGAGGCCUGUCACUCGGAGCUGCUGAAGAUGGCCCAGUUUGUGUUCGCCAUCCCUCCUCACGGUGCCAACGUGGAACGCAUAUUUUCCCUGGUGCAAAGCCAGUUGACCAAGGAGAGGAACCACCUGUCACAGGAGUCCCUGAAGGGCCUCCUGUGUACGCAGUACAACUUCAAACACAUGUCCUGCAAAGACUUCCAUGCCUACUUGUUGGCUAACCCCGCGCUCUUGGCCAAGAUGCGCUCCUCCGAAAAAUAUGGCAGACCACAUAAAUCUAGGCUGAUGCUCAUCCAAUGAAUGGUCAACCCCCCCCCAUUAAAUUUCAUAUUUACCUGUAUAUUUGUUGAAUAGAGAAGAUAUUUUACCAAAUGUCAACAUGACCAUAGUAAAAAGUUAUUCCUUGACUGCGUCUAUGACAACACAUAAAUGCUACACAUCCUACACUCGAUGUUCCACUGAUCAUGUCUACAUCUGUCCAGCAGAGGUCACUGUUGUCUCCAGUAGCUUACAGCUUUAACCGUGCACGGCAUUAAACACAGUAUUACACACAGUAUUACACACAGUGGGCCUCUAGUCACAGUACUCUGACACAGUACUACUGUUUAUACACAAUCCAAUGUUUGUCCUGCUGUUUCAAGGGGUUCUACUUUGGUGUUAACACCCCGUUUGAUUCCAUUGAAAGCUUCUAUAGUUGGUUGUUUAUAUUGCUGUCAUCAAUGCAGGGUCUUGAAUCCCACCCCACCGGAAUUAAACACCUUGCAGAACAAUGCAGCUCAUCCGCAAUCUGUGUACAUUCACUUCUGGUAAAAUGGUCGUUUCUUAACCCCAACCUUGUACGUUCAGUGCAGUAAUACACUAAACCCCCUGUUAAUAAUACACUAAGUUUUUUUCCACUUGUAUGCUCGUCAUUGCCUUGUUAUUGACCGGCAACCAGCAGUCUGGCUUUUCCCCCAAAUCAGCUGGGGUAGGCUCCAGCUCCCUGCGACCCUCAACUGUAUAAGCCAAGUUUGGCCACCGAGCGCCCCCGCCUGUCAACCAUCCCGUUUUCCACGGAAACACUGAUUCUUUUUUUAAGUCGGGGGAAGGAAUUUCCCUCAUAUUGUGGAAAAAUAAACAUUUUAUGCAUUAGAGGUGCUAAAAGCAAUCCAGUGUAGUGGGUGUAUGCUAAACUGUCUGAGCAUCUUAGCUUAGCUUGUGUAAGGUGACAGCCUCGGGCCAAACGUAAAAGUGCUAUGAAAUAGUAGUACCCAAGUACCCAAGUAGUACACGCAUGCACGCUUAUUAAAUAGUGGGCGUCCAUCCUUUGUAUUCCCAUCAACUCCUGACCCUGAUUAGG